AUGGAAGUUGCAUAUCGCAUUCGGUUGACAGUCUCAUUGAAUGUGACUCGGUUUCUCUUAAAGCAAGGAUUAUCUUUUCGUGGACAUGAUGAGUCAAGUAGUUCUUCAAAUCGAGGUAAUUUUAUUGAGUUGCUUCUAUGGUUUAGUGAACUUAACGAUGAUGUAUCCAAAACUUUGUUUGCAAAUGCUCCUGCUAACAAUCAAAUGAAUUCACCACGAAUUCAAAAGGAAUUAGGAAACGCUUGUGCUUCAGAGGUUACACUUGCCAUAGUUAAUGAUAUUGGAGAUAAAGUUUUCACUCUUUUGGUUGAUGAGGCUCGAGACGUUUCAAUGAAGGAGCAGAUGGGAGUUGUUUUAAGAUAUGUGAAUAACGAAGGAUAUGUGAUUGAGCAAUUUAUUGGAAUCGUGCAUGUAACUGACACUUCCUCUCAUACUUUGAAAUGUGCUAUUGAUGAUUUAUUGGUGAAGCAUAAUUUAUCUCUAUCUAAAGUGAGAGGGCAAGGAUAUGAUGGAGCUUCUAAUAUGAGGGGUGAGUUUAAUGGAUUGAAAUCCUUAAUAUUGCAAGAAAAUCCAUAUGCCAUGUAUAUUCAUUGUUUCUCUCAUCAACUCCAACUAAUUAUUGUUGCGGUUGCCAAGGGUAUUAGAGUUGUGAAGGAUGUUUUUAGCUAUGUGACUAUAUCCCCAUGA